AUGUGCUGGCUCGCAGGCAGCAUCGAGCACCAGACUUCGGUCUGCCCGAUGUGCACCUUCUUCAAGUCGGGCAACGCCAGAUGCCCGCACAAGCGGGACAUCUGCCGCAACACUGCGAACCACGCGCGGGAGGUGGCGUACAUCAAGAACGCCGAGGUCACGACCUUCAACGGCUGCGGCUACUGCAAGUGGGCCCGCCAGAACCCCAACGCAUCGCCUGCCACGCGCAACAACGGCUGGCCAGGCUGCUGCCGCCCCCCGGCGUCGGGCGAGCGCGUCCCGCCGGCAGACUGGCCCGCGGUCUCCGCGGUGCACGGCGUGCAGGUGCCCGCGGACGUCAAGGCGCUGCUGGACUCGAUCAACGUCCCCAAGCCGGGCACGCCACCCUCCAAGUCGUCAUCCCCUAAUCUGGGAUCACCCACCCAGUCCUCACGAUCGCCCUCGAGCGCCACACAGUCCAAACCUCGCACCCCGCCACUCGCCAUCCCGCCCCGUGCAUCCCGCGCAAUCGCAAAGGAGCGCAAGGACAAGGACAGCCCAGAACGCUCGGCCACAAAGGACCUCAGCCCCAACACGCCCUCGCCACUUCGCCGGCCAUCGGUAUCUCGCGCGCCCAAGCAGCCGAGUGGCGCAGUGGACGAACGCACGCCACCCGCCACUCUCCGCCGUCGCUCUUCUGCCACAGACACCCGCCGCGAACAGCCCCCAACUCGCGAACGCGAGAGGGACAUAGUUCCCCGGAAUGCCACUAUCGGACCUUCGCGCUCCGCACCCCGCGCUUCUGCUCUGGACACCGACUUUGGUAUGGCCCAGAUGUCGCUCAACUCGCCUCUGAGCCCGGGUGGAGAGAGCGGCUCCGACGGUGGGAGCGUCAGCGGUGGAAGCUCGAGUGAUGGCACUGUCACGAGCGAUGGGGGCUUUACCGAUUAUCUCAGUGACGAAUCCGAGGCAGAGCUUCAGCGCCAGGCUGAGGCGCGCGCCCUUUUGUUGGCGCAGAGCCACGCCGAGGACGCCGAAUUCAGAGCCGCGCGCAAACAACUCGCUCAAGUCGAUCUGCGUGUACCCAAGGCUUGGAACACUGGCGGAGCGCAGAAGGGCGUGGCGCUCAGUGGGUAUGCCCGUCGCUGA